AUGGAGCUUUCUGCCACAGGGGAUCGAGUGUUUGCAGCGGAAUCCAUUCUGAAACGCCGCGUCCGUAAGGGUCGGAUUGAAUAUCUGGUAAAAUGGAAAGGAUGGGCCGUAAAGUACAGCACCUGGGAACCAGAGGAGAACAUCCUAGAUGACCGUUUAGUCGCCGUGUUUGAACAAAAAGAGAGAGAACAGGAACUGUACGGACCGAAGAAGAGAGGACCCAAACCCAGGACGCUGCUACUGAAGGCCAGGGCACAGGCGGCAGAGAGCUCCACCCUCAGACACAGUCGUGCACACGCCCCAUCUAAAGCCCCGCCCCGCUCCUCAGCCCCUCCCUCCUAUACCUCCUCCAUCACCCCCAACGCUAAACUGCAGUCUGGCUCCACUCAGCCCAAACUAAAGAAGGACAUCCACCGAUGUCAUCGCAUGUCCCGCCGGCCACUCCCCUCUUCUCAGCCAAUCGGAUCAUCCAACCCAUUCUCGUCCCGCCCCUCCAUCAGCCCGUUCUCGGAGACGGUACGAAUCCUUAACCGAAAGGUCAAACCUCGCGAGGUCAAAAAGGGGCGUGUCAUCCUCAACCUGAAAAUGAUUGACAAGACGGGAAACAGCGGUGCUGCGGGUAGGAGGACUCCCUUACAGAGCCCCGCCCCUCAGCUGCAUGUCGGGAGGCAGAAAAUUCCAUCGUGCAACAGAGUGAUUGGGAAGAGCCGACGUUUCGGGGAGGUCACCUUCGGGGGGCGUUUGGGAUACUCCCCUGUUUUCGGACAGCAGUUUGGGGUGCAUAAAGUUGACCCUGUUCAAGGUCACAAACACACUGAGAGCAGAGAGACCCCAAAGGCUGCGGUAUCAGAGAGGCCAAAAGGCCAGACCAAGGUUGAUUCACCCCAUUCUUUACCCAGCUCUGAGGGAUCAGACUGUGACCCCCCUGCCGCUGCACCAACCCCUCCACCCUCUUUAGCUCCUCCUACUCUCAGCUCUGAGCCAGUGGAAGUGAAGCAGAGUCCAGCUGUCCAGUCAACUUUGCCUUCCUCCCCUAUGUUCUCCUCUUCCUCCUCCUCUUCCUCGGAGGACAGUGAACACAUUCUCGAUCUGUCAGUUCCGCACGAAAAAGACGUUAAAGCCAGACGACGGCAUCCUCACCGUCGGCGACGGCAGUGCGGCAUGGGCGGUUUGCCCAGUGCAGGGGUGGUGCCGGACGCUGGGGAGUCAGAGGAGCUGGACUGGCACCCUCAGAUGACACCCUGCAGUGCCAAUGUGGUGGUGACAGACGUCACCACCAACCUCCUCACCGUCACUAUCAAAGAGUUCUGCCACCCUCAUGGUAUGACUCCGCCCACUUCCCCGUGUCCUGGACCCAAAGCCACACCCACCGCCUCACACCCACACCUAUAA